CGCUCAGUUCAAUUCGAUCGGCCGUCGCAGAAAGUUCGCGAGUUCGAGCAGAGCGGCGCACAGCGAAAUAAAACAUAGUAGCGUUCCAAGUCUUCGGCCCCCAGUCGCUGAUGCCGAGGGCGGUGCAGAAAACUUGGCUCCUUUUUGUUGAGUCAAAAGAAAAAGAAACAAAAAGAAAAAGGGCGCGCGAGUGAAGUUCGGCGAUUAACGGAUCUUGUUCCUAGACGAACUAGUUUUAGAUUGCGCAAUUUUCUAGCCACAGUCGUGAAAAACAACUGUUUUAGUGCCCGUUUGCCGAGUGAAAUUCGAUAGCAAAAGGCAAAAAGUAAAGCCAAACGACAAUUGGCGGCUAUACAAAAAUCAAAAGCCGUUUUAAAACCAAAAACAACAGAAGAAAAAAACCCACUAAAAAACCAACUAAAAACACAAAUAAAAAAAAUAAAACAAAAGCAGAGCAACAUGGCGACCGCCGCCUGUGUCCGCUGCGCCCAACAACAACAACAACAACAAGUAAAGCAACAACAAAAUGAGGCGCAUGCGCAGCAGCAGCGACGCAACAGCCCGCGGAUUCUGCACAUUUACUGCGCGUGGGCGUUGAUCACCCUCUUGGCCGCCAGCGCCGCCAUGGUCCAAAGUGCAGCAGUCUUUGGUGAUCUGCUGUCGCAUCCAACAUUCAAGCCGCUGUGCAGCGUUCAGCACGAACACUUCAUCGAGAGCGAUGGCAAAGAAUCUAGUCUUAUUAUCGAACUGAAGCCGGGCACGUAUGGCGCUGAGCAUGCCUCCUGUUCUCGCAUCUUGAGUGCCCCGCCCAACUAUGGCUUCAUCGUGCGUCUCAUCCUGCCAAAGUUGCAACAUAGCCAGCCCUUGGAUGUGGCUACGACCAGGAGUCCAACCACAAACAUCAUGGCUGCAGCUGGAGCUACCGGAAGUAACAACACUUCCAAACUACGGCGUACUGCCAAGUCCGGUGGCAUGAUGGAGUCCUCAACCCCACUCAGCACGACGAAGGUCAUCGUCUCAUCGACGGCUUCCCGGGUGUUGGGACGCACCUGCCCUCUGAACAUUUUUAGCUCAUUGGAUCCGCACACGGCCCAGUGGCGAGUCGAUCCCUGUCAGCUGGAGGACACUGCCUCGGAGAUGGAGGAUCCGGUGAGGCUUUUUCAUGGUCGCGUGAAGAUCGUCUGGGAGCAUGGUCAGCAUGCUCUGCGAUCCAAACUGAUGGUCACGGUUCUGGGCAAGGGCGAGCAGUGCAAGGAUGGCAGCAAGCACCAGUGCUUGAAGAUCGGCGAUGAACCCAUUCUGUGCAUCUCCAAGGAGCUGGCCUGCGAUGGUAUUCGCCAUUGUCCGUAUAGCAACGAGUAUGACAGCGAUGAGGACUACGAGCUGUGCUCGAAGCAGCAUCGCCCAGGAGCCGGUCAUCUGCCAGCCGGCCUGGAGUCGGAUCUCUUCGAGCAGUUUGCCCUAGAAGUGUUCCGCAACCUGUUUGCCAACGAUGCUCCAACGGGACCGGAGGAUAUGCCGCGUAACGGAAGCGAUGGAACCGUGGGUUUGGAUAACUCAACGGCCACGUCGACCACCACACUGCGUAAAGUGCACACCAAAGAUAUGAAAAAGCCCGGUGGCGAUGGGUCACCGAAUUCAAUUGGACCCAGUUUGGGCACCGAGGGGGAACAGCAGAGGCCGGAAAACGAUACGGCUGAAAUGGGAGUGGGGACUGGAGCUGGAAGCGGAUUCACCAGACGGAAUUCAACGCGCUCCGGCCUGCACUCGGAUCUAUCGAAGUACGGCCCGUGGGGAUAUCUGAUGCUGGGGAUGCUCCUGUGCGGCGGAGCUCUGCUCAUCUGCGGCCUUUGGGUUCUGUGUUGUCGCUUGAGCUCUCACAUUGAAUCCAUCCGUUCACUUGCAGCCUCCGCGUCACAGCAUGCGGUCAACAACGAGCGGGAGGCGGCGCUGGCCGCUGCCAAUGGAGGAGGAAGCGGUGGUCAGGACCACCUGGGCGCCACCUCGCCGCCGAAUUACGAGGAGUUGGAUCCACCGCCGGCCUAUUCGGUGCUCUUCCCUAAUCAAAAGGCCGCCAGUAGCACCACUUUGAACCUGGAUGCAACGGCGGCAAGUACAACAACAGCAGCAGCCGCGGCAGCAGCAGCAGCAGCAUCAGCAGCAGCAACUGCUGCAGCAACGGCUCUGGCAGGAGCAGUUACACCCAGCGAUAACCCGCAGCAACAUCAGCCACAUCAGGAACAGCCAACGAACUAGCCCAUAAGCCCUGACAAGAAGGUGUCGCACCUGGAAAAUGUAGAUUUUAAGGUCCCAAACAUCUCUCUGACUGACUCUGAUGCAAUUAGCUUAAAACCAAUUUAGUGAUAGCUUUAAGUGUGACUUUAAAUGUUAAAUGUUUGACUAUAAUAUAUACAUAUGCUAAUGAUUAACGGAUAACGAAUAACGAAUAACCAAUCCCAGCCGUCCUGUCAACGCCGCUGUCGCCUUUGGCAGACGGUAGACCCAAUUAGCAUCCAAUAAUUGAAAAUGUAAUAAUAAUGAUGAUUGUAAAGGAAAAGCUGCAGCUGCAGCAGCAUUAACUGACGAAUCGACUAACUUUUGUAAUUCUGUUAAUUUAAAAUUUAAUGUGAUAUAAAUUUAAAACUGAAUAAAAAGCAAAGUGUUUAAGUA